AUGGAUGGCGCCUUAAAUAAUCGAAGGCGUUCUGAACAUAAUAUCAAUUAUAUACAGUCAGCUGGAAAAAGAAAUAAUACUGAGAAUGCUGACUAUGUUGGAAUUACUAUAAGCGAUGAUUUUUCUCAAAAACAAUUACCUCCGUUGCCUGUUAUUAACAAUUCACCACAUUCACAGCAACAGCAACAACAAAACGGUCUACGAUAUAAUUUUUUUAAUACUUAUCAUACACAACGUCCUUUACAGCAGCAGCAAUCAAACCAACAGCAAAUUUUGCAGCAACAAUCCCACAAUCAACAACCAAUACUAGUACAACAAUCAAACCUACAACAACAAAUACUGAUGCAAAAUCAACCCUCUACAAAUCAAUUACCACAAUCAAUAAAGACUUCCUAUCAACAAACUUAUUUAAAUUCUCCUUCUAAUUCUUCACCUAAUAAACCUUCCACUACUUCCUACUCUUCUAACAAUAAUAAUAAAUCUUCCUACCAAUUACAUUCCUCGACACAUAAUGAUUACGCUUCAAAAGCUGAUUUUCGAGAUUCCUUAUUUCUCCGUGUUCGUUCUAAAUCCGAUUUACAGUCUCAGCCUGCAUUCCGCGAAAUAAGUACUGUGAAAAGCAUUGUUAAUCCACUAAAAUCAUUAACUGUCAAUCUAACAACAACGUAUCAAAAUAUCAAUCCUAAUUUUCGGUAUGAGCUCUCCUAUAAUCCACGAAGAGUUUUAACAAAGCCUUCAAAAGGUGUCAAAAAUGAUGGUUACGAUAAUGAGGACAGUGAUUAUAUUUUAUAUGUGAAUGAUAUAUUAGGGAGCGAAGAGGGUCAAAAGUAUCUCAUAUUAGAUAUUCUUGGUCAAGGGACAUUUGGUCAAGUUGUAAAAUGUCAAAAUCUUAAAACAAAAGAAAUUGUAGCUGUUAAGGUUGUGAAAAACAAACCUGCAUACUUUAAUCAAAGUAUGAUGGAAGUGACUAUAUUGGAGUUGCUAAAUCAAACUUGGGAUAUUAAGGAUCAACAUCAUAUUCUACGACUUUUGGAUACUUUCAUUCAUCAUCGUCAUCUUUGCCUUGUAUUUGAGCUAUUAUCUGUUAACCUCUACGAACUUAUUAAACAAAAUCAAUUUCGUGGCUUAAGCACAAACCUUGUUAGAUUAUUUACUGCACAAUUAUUGGAUGCGUUGACUGUGCUGAAUGAAGCACGAAUAAUUCAUUGUGACUUGAAGCCUGAAAAUGUAUUGUUGAAAAAUCUGGAAUCUCCUACUAUCAAAGUCAUCGAUUUUGGUUCUGCAUGUCAUGAACGGCAAACUGUUUACACAUAUAUUCAAUCAAGAUUUUAUCGAAGUCCUGAAGUAUUAUUAGAUAUGUGGUCUUUGGGUUGCAUCGCUGCUGAGUUAUUUCUAGGAUUACCAUUAUUUCCUGGCAGUUCAGAAUAUAAUCAAGUAUCUCGAAUAGUAGAGAUGUUAGGAGUUCCACCACCAUAUAUGAUCGAAGUUGGUAAAACAGCUCAUGGAUAUUUUGAACGUCAUAUAAAUGAACAUGGCCAAAAGAAAUAUCGUUUAAAAUCUAUGGAACAAUAUAUGCAAGAACAUGGUUGUGUGGAACAAGUUUCAAAAAGGUAUUUUUCAGCAACAACUUUACCAGAAAUCAUUAAAUCUUAUCCAAUUUUAAGAAAAGGAUUAUCUCAAAAAGAUGUCGAAAAAGAAAUGCAAAAUAGAUUGGCUUUCAUUGAUUUUGUUCAAGGACUGUUAAACUUGAAUCCAAUUGAGCGUUGGUCACCUCAACAAGCUAAGCUACACCCAUUUAUUACAGGAGAAAAAUUAACCGGUAAAUUCACUCCUCCUAUGCAACUUAAAUCUCCAAAUAAAGUUUGUGCCUCUUCUACACAAUCACCAAAUUCUCAAUCUACCACCAAUACACACUUAACAUCGUUAUCUACAAAUUCACAAUAUAAAACAUCAAAUUGUUCUCCAACAAAAGUAUUAAAUAAAAACCCAGUAAUUAUAACUCAUGACAUCCCUACUGUAACAAUUUCAUCCAACUCCAUUGCUACACCCAUAUCUUCUGCUCAAAUACUAUCAACACAACAGUCUUCCAAUAUAUCAACGUUAACACCUAAAUCAGGUUUAGGAUCACUGAGACCUCGUGCAAGUACAAUUGGAAAUAUUCAAGUUCCGCCACAAAUACAGAGAGCUGCAGCUCUUGUAUCACCAGGUAACACGGGAACAAUGCCCAUAGAAAAACUUAGACCUCCUAAGGAAAAAGAUCCAAGAC